AUGGCCGCUCGUCACUCGCGCAGACUUUUGCGACCGCUGCUCUAUACUUCCGCCGCAGCCGCCGCCGGAGCCGGUGUUCUUUACAUCUCCUACCGUCCCCGUAACAUCCCCGGUCUCGAGGCCCCCGCUUCGCGUAUCGAGCAGAUCAAGGACUUGAAGCGCAGUCAGGAUGAGGAAUCUUAUGAUUUGUUGGUCAUCGGUGCCGGUGCAACCGGUGCCGGUAUCGCUCUGGAUGCUGCCACCCGUGGCUUGAAAGUCGCCGUGGUCGAAAGAGAUGAUUUCAGUGCCGGUACCAGCAGUAAGAGUACCAAACUCGUGCACGGUGGUGUCCGUUACUUGGAGAAGGCCUUUUGGGAAUUAGAUUACAACCAAUACAAGCUGGUGAAGGAGGCACUUCGCGAGCGCAAGUAUUUCUUGAACACAGCCCCCCAUCUCUCACAAUGGCUACCCAUCAUGGUGCCAUUGCAGAAGUGGUGGCAAGCUCCUUACUUCUGGGCUGGUUGCAAGGCUUAUGAUCUCUUGGCUGGUUCCGAGGGUAUCGAGAGCUCAUACUUCUUGACCAAGAGUAAGGCGAUCGAUAACUUCCCCAUGCUGAAGCGGGAUAAUGUAAUUGGAGCUAUGGUCUACUAUGAUGGUGCGCACAACGACUCCCGAAUGAACGUUUCCCUCGCCAUGACCGCUGCUCUCUACGGUAGCACUGUCGUCAACCACAUGGAAGUUACCGGAUUGACCAAGGAUGCCUCCGGUCAGCUCAAUGGAGCUACCCUGAAGGACGUGAUCCCCGGCAAGGAUGGUGAAGAGACCAAGGAAUUCACCAUUCGCGCCAAGGGUAUCAUUAACGCCACCGGUCCCUUCACCGACUCCAUCCGUAAGAUGGACGAGCCCGAGACCAAGGAAAUUGUGGCCCCCAGCUCCGGUGUGCACAUCAUUCUCCCUGGAUACUACAGUCCUUCCAAUAUGGGUCUCAUUGACCCCUCCACCUCCGACGGCCGUGUCAUCUUCUUCUUGCCAUGGCAGGGCAACACCAUUGCCGGUACCACCGACGCCCCCGCUGAGAUCUCCCGUCACCCCGAACCCUCAGAGAAGGACAUUAACUGGAUCUUGUCGGAGAUCCGUGGCUACCUGGCUCCCGAUAUCAACGUUGACCGUAGCGAUGUCUUGGCUGCGUGGUCCGGUAUCCGUCCCUUGGUCCGUGACCCCAACAAGACCAGCUCCCAGGCACUGGUUCGCAACCAUUUGAUCUCCGUUUCCAAAUCGGGAUUGUUGACCUGCGCCGGUGGUAAGUGGACCACUUACCGUCAAAUGGCCGAGGAGGCCGUCGACGAGGCCAUUGAUGCCUUCAAGCUGAAGCCCCGUGAGCCCGCCGCUGUUCCCGAUAUCAGUGGUGUCGGUGGCAGUGGUUUGGUCGCGGAUGGUGCCGUUCUGGACGGUAGCUGCCAGACCCACCAGGUCCGUUUGAUCGGUGCCCACGGUUUCUCAAAGACCCUCUUCAUCAACCUCAUCCAGCACUUUGGUCUCGAGACCGAUGUUGCUCAGCACUUGACCGAGUCGUACGGUGACCGUGCCUGGCAAGUGGCUGCUCUCUCUUCCCCCACCAAUGCUCGUUUCCCCGUCCGCGGUCAGCGCAUUUCGGCCUUGUACCCCUUCGUUGACGGUGAGGUCCGCUAUGCUAUCCGUCACGAGUAUGCUCAGACCGCCGUCGAUGUCAUUGCCCGCCGCACCCGUUUGGCUUUCCUGAACGCCGAGGCCGCUCUUGAAUCCUUGCCCAAGGUCAUUGACUUGAUGGCCGAGGAGUUGAACUGGAGCAACCAGCGUAAGGAGUUGGAAUGGAAGGACUCCAUGUCCUACCUCCGUUCUAUGGGUCUCCCCAAGAACUUCCAGAGCCUGACUCGCCAGGAUGUCCAGAAUGGCCGUGUCCAGGACAUCGACGAGGUUGAGCACAAGGCUGUCAUCCGAACUGGUAAGCUUUAG